UCUUCUUUAUUCGAUGCUCGGAUAAAUACCUCUCCCCACUUAUCGCGACUCUCUCGGGAGUAGCAGAGAAAGAGCAAUGGCAUCGGCUAUGGCGCUCUCUCCUCUUCCUGCUUCACUUCAUCUCUCUAAAACAUUUCUUCACAAUUCUAACUCUCUCUACUUCAAGUCCUUGCCUGCAUCACCUUUGAGUAACGGCACGAAGAGACUCUUCAUCUCUCGGGCACUCCAAGAGACAAAAGAAAAAGACAGAGAGGGCGCUCAAUCUGCUGAACAAAUCACUCAGAAAUUUGGUCUCGAGGCUGGAUUAUGGAAGAUAUUCGGAUCAAAAGAGGCCAAAGAAGGUGAAGGGAAAUCAAAGGCGAAUCAAACGAAGGAACUGUUAGCCAAGUAUGGAGGAGCAUAUUUGGCCACAUCAAUAUUUCUCUCACUCGUUUCCUUCGCCCUAUGUUACUUGCUCGUUAGAGCAGGGAUCGACAUACAGGGAUUGCUUGAAAAGGUUGGAAUCCAUGCAGAUGAGACAGGAGGAAAAGUGGGGACUUUUGCCUUGGCAUAUGCUGCACAUAAAGCUGCAUCCCCAAUCAGGUUUCCUCCAACUGUGGCCCUCACCCCCAUGGUUGCCAAUUGGAUAAGGAAGAAAGCAAAAGAAGACAAGUAAACCAUGCUUUUCUUGCCAUUACUCAGAGGUGAACACUGACCAUGCUGGGCUAAUAUUCUUCAUAUUCAUAGGUGUACUCAAUAAGAACCUUUAGCAAUAGUAUUCUCAUUUUCUACCAUUACAAAUUUACUCUAGUAUCUGGUUGUAUAACAGUUUCAUUGUCAUGUCCAUCUGCUUUACAUUCCCUCCAAACCCUCAAAAGAACAAGAGAAUCACAUACACACCAAGAAACAUUAAAGGCUUAAAUGCAUUUAGAUUUGAAAUUU